AUGUUGGGUAGUGAUGUCGAAACUAAUAGAGGAAAGAUAGUGCUUUUCGAAAAUGUCACUGAUUUGGAUGAUAAAUUGGGACUGUAUAUGAUGGAAAUUCUUGAGAAAGCAAUUGUUGAACGAGGUGCUGCUAAAAUUGCUGUUUCUGGUGAGCUUCAUGCAAUUCGUAUUGUUAUUCUAGCACCGCUGUUAGCCAAAUUGAAGAAUAUUGAUUGGUCAAAAGUUCGAAUAUUUGCUGCAGACGAACGAAUGGUUCCAUUAAGUGAUAUUGAUUCGAAUACAGGAGCUUAUACGAAAAUCGUACCGUCCAAUAUCAGCCAAUCAUUCGUGCCUUAUGGACCCGUUGACAAUACAUCACAGUGUGCGAAGAACUAUGAAGAACAAAUACAUCGUUGUACUACAGAGACGGAAGAAGGCUGGCCAGUAUUCGAUUUGCUUUUAUUGGGGAUUGGACCAGAUGGUCACACGUGCUCCUUGUUUCCUGGACAUCCAGUGUUAAAGGAAAAUGUCAGAUGGGUUGCAGAAGUUGAAGAUUCUCCGAAACCGCCACCAAGACGUAUAACUUUAACGCUGCCAGUUAUUAAUCAUGCUCGAUAUGUGGCAUUUAUUUGUAAUGGUAAAAGAAAAGGUGAAUUAAUACGGGAAAUCAUUGAUGGUCAGAAUGCUAGUUAUCCAGCAGCUAUGGUGAAGCCUAAGUCGGGUAACAUGCUUUGGUUCGUAGAUAAGGAAGCAUAUGCUGCUUGCGGUACCUUUGCCAAUCGUCCGUGA